AUGUCAGAUUCCACAAAUGCAACAGGUUGAGUGGUUUUCGGAAAAUAUGAUUUUUGAUAAACUUUCGAACAUUUUAUCUAGAACAAAUUCUGUUUUUCGGACUGGUUAUCGAUAAAACCGUUUUCAGGAGCAGUAGCGGCGAAGAAUGAGGCCAAGGCGGCGAAACGAAUGAAAUCAAAGGUUUUAGUCUUGAAAUGGCUGCGAAGACGGCUCCGCAUUCGGCACAGAGCCAGACGAUUCUUGCGGAAACGGGCCAGACGGAAGAAGGUGAAACGGAGAAGAAGACAGCGAAAAAGGGCGAGAGCGAAGAAAUUGAAAAUGAAAAAGAAGAAGGGAAAGAAGAAGGAGGAGGAGACGAAGCAGAAGACGUUGACGGAGAAACAGAAGAAGCGGAAGAGGAUGGUUUGGAAGCGGAAAAAGAAAAUUUUGGCGAGAAGACACCGACUCCGAAGACAUCCCCACGGCACGAGAAGCCUCGCGAAACUGGUGAAAAACGCAAAGUCGAUGAGCGGAGAAGAGAUUUGCAAACUACUGGUCAGUCUGAAACGGAAAAGAAUGAGGGUGUACCGAAGAAGAGCGGAGAAAAAAAUGUGGGAGUGCAAGGAGAAGAGGAAGGCGCGGCGAGAGCUGAGAAGGGCGAUGCGGAGAGCGAGGCAUCGGAGGAAGAAGUACAAGAGAUAUUGUCGGAUGUUGAAGCGGAGGGCCGAACGGAAAAAGUUCAAGAUCCGCAAGAAGCAGCAUGUGAAGAGUGUCGUCCGACAGGGAAUCGCCUGGAAAACGGUCACGCAUGGUGGAGAAAGGGCCGAGUACCGGAGAAAAUAUCCGAUGAAGCCGGUGGUUUUCGACGUCGAACGAACGAAUCAGGAGGUGCACGCGAGAAGGGGCACGAAGACGCCGUUGUCGGGAGAACCGUGGGUUUUAGAGAAAACUAAAUCCAUUGGAACUUUGUACGUAUUUUCAGGGUGAACUUUAAAGAAGAUGUGAUCGGCGACUAUGGAAAGAUUGCGGCGAAAGGACUCAAUUCCGAUAUGAAGUACGACUUUCGAUUCUUCUCGGUUCUCACGUUCGACCCGAAAGGAUCAGUAAGGCUCCGAAUGCGCCAAAUGGAAACGCGUUGACCAUUUGCAGAGAGAAGCGCGCAUUCUCAGUCGUAUGAACGCGGUCGGAUCGAAGAACAGUGUGCGGAUCUUCGAUUACAAUCACUACAACAACGUGGAUUAUGUGCUAACGUCGCAGGUGAGCCAGAAACCGUUUCCAAGACAUCGUCUUUGUCUUGUUUUCAGACCGUCCAUUGCUUGUCGGACGUGAUGUGUGAGCACCCGAGAAUGGAGCGUCAGGCGUGCCUGCAUGUCAUGCAGCAGACGUUCUUCUGUAUCCGCGACCUCCACAAAGCGCGCUUCACGCACCUCCGAAUCUGUCCGUCCGUGUUCACGUUCCGGCAGGAGGACCGGGCGAUCAUUGUGUUCGAGUCGUUCACGAUGGCAGAGUCGUGUCGCAAGAUGCGCGACGACUUUGAGACGGGCGGAUCAGUGCAUCUGAAGAUGCUAAACGCCAAGUUUGAGAAGAGAUCGAGUGUGAAACGGAACAAGAUCGACGUGUACAUGUCCAGAAGGCAACACCUUCAGAUGGCCAGAGGGGAGGUCGACGACUACGAGUCUUGGCUUUACAUGUGCACGCAACUGGUGAACGCGGAAAAGUUGCAAUGGGCAAAGCAGACGGAUCACUUGAAGAUGGCCAACUCCAAGUACGAGUUUCCCAUGCUCUACGGACAUCCCGAUCAGUUUGUGCAAGCCAAGGUACCGGUACCGUCGUUUACCCAAAACAUUUUUAAUAAGCUCGCGCGCACGGCGACCAAAAGUGUAGAAAGAGGCGUGGCCUAAUCUGAGACGCGUUUUCUGAAAAUUGCCGCAAUUUCAGCACUUUUCCGAUAUUUUUGUGUUUGAUAUCGACGAAAGAAGAGACAUUAAAGAGAGAAAACAUUGAAAUUUUCGUGAAAACGCCGCGUUUGAGACGUUUUUCGCAUAUUUCGCAAUACGCCCUCCGCGGCCAAUCGCCGCCGCAAUUUCGGAAUUUUCAUACCGGCCGAUCUGAAUAGUUUUGAGACGAAGUGAUUGUCGGAAGCACGUUAAUACAAGUAUUUUAAGCGUUCAAACGGCAAAAAGUGUCGGCGAAUGACUGAAAUUCGCGCAUUUUCAGCACAAAACUUGAAAAUCGAUUCAUUUCUGAAUGAAACCUGCUCGUUUUAAGCUCAAAAAGUGCGCGCGAUGAUUAGUUUAACAAAGUUAUGCAAUUACAUCGUCGAAAUCGUACAAAAUUUGGGUAAUUUUUUUGGAAAAACAUGACAAAUGGGGUUAAAUUUCGAAAAUCGCGCCAAAAUGGUGAUAAACCGUGCACGCUAGGCCACGCCCCUUUCUACGUUUUUGAUCACCGUGAGCUCCUUCAAUUUCAGAUGCUCAGUCUGAUGAGUUACGCUCUCGCGACGAACGAACGAUCGGCUCUCAAAGUGGCCUACUUCAUCGAGCGCAUUCUGAGAGACUGGCAGCAGAAGGUGCCGCCGGUGGUGAAGUUGCCGUGGAUGACGAGCGAGUACGUGGACGAGGAGCGGCAGGCGAAGGAGUUGGCGCACAAGGAGCGCGAACGCGAGCAGCAGUACGACAGGGACUGGAAACAGUGGCAGAAGGGUUUGAGGAAGAAGCCGAGCGAAUAG